AUGCCUCCGCGGCCAUCACCCACGCACUUCCUGUGCAUACAGCUCGUCAAUGCCGCCUCACGUCACCAGCUCUCGGCAAACCUGGCAUCCUUCACUGCAGACGUGACCAGUCCCGACAGCUUUGGGAUACCAGAGCAGGCAAUCCGACCAGUUGGUACCUUGCACCUGACUGUGGGCAUGAUGAGUUUCCCCAAGAACGAGGGUCUCGACAAGGCGGUGGCACUCUUGAAAACAUUGAAUCCCAGGCAAAUCGUGAGGAGUGUCCUUCCGCCUUCGACGACGGAUGCAAAACCAACCCCGGAUCACCAGGUUACAGAGACAAAGGAGCUUUCGGGUCCGCCGUCGCCGCUAUUGUCAGUGACACUCAAGGGGCUGCAUUCAAUGCAAUCGCCCUCGAAAGCAUCCAUCCUCUACGCACCACCAGUCGACGAGGAGGACACCCUGAUGAGGUUCUGCGAGAAGCUGAGGUCGGCGUUCCUCGAGGCCGAGCUGAUGACCGAGGAGAACCGUCUGCUGCUCCUCCACGCCACGGUCGUGAACACCAUCUACGUCAAGGGCAGGAGUUCCCGGGGCGGAGGAAAGGGGAGGAGCCGCGAGAAGCUCACUAUCGAUGCACGUGGCAUCCUGGAGCGUUACGAUGAAUUUGUGUGGAUGCAGGAUGUCCCGAUCGAGAAGAUUGCGAUUUGCAAGAUGGGUGCGAAGAAACGGGAUGAUGGCGAUGAGGCUUACGAGGUUGAGGCAGAGAUCGAUAUGACCGGAUAG